GUUUUCCCGGCGCCGCUGGGGAACGUCCGGAAGCGCAAGCACGACGGGUCGUUCAAGAACCGUAUCAUUCAGGAUCUCAAGACCAAUCGGGUCAAUUUGGCGGUUUCGACGCACGAGCGGGCCGUUCUCCCCCGCGGAAUUGACCACUGGGUAGACUUGGCUGCCCUGGCGCAGCGUGCCCUCGGAUGUUCCGGUGGGGUCGUGAAGGUGUUGAUCUUGGACUUCAAGGACGCUUUCAUGAGCAUCCCAUUGCACGAAGAGGAGCGAAGGUUUAACGUUGCCGUCAAGAGCCUCCGUCUCCAGGCGCAGGCCACGUUGUCGGCAGACGUGGGCCGUCUGCAGCUGUAUGUCGACGACCCUGCUCGGACGCUGGCCGGCACAGAGGCUGACGUCCAACUCAACGCGGAUGUCGUCCUCGCAUGGUGGCUCACGCUCGGGUUGGGCCUGUCGUGGGACAAGGGCGUUUUCACGUCAGGACACCACCAGUGGAUCGGCAUCAAGUACGACGUUGUAGAUGGCACGGCGCACAUGUCCCUCCCGCGGGAGUUCUUGGACGAAACGGCUGUGUUAUUGCAGCUUUUUGCCAGGCGCGGCGGC